AUGAAGCCGCUAACACCCAUAGGAUCUCCCUCACCUCUGAGGCUCCUCAACAAGGGCCCGGACUACCUGCGUAGGCAGAUGGAUGGUGGGGGCCAGGGCCGUUCCAUCAGUGCUGUAGAGAGACUAGAGGCAGACAAGGCCAAAUACGUUAAGAGCCAGCAGGUCAUCAACACCAAACAGGAGCCCGUCCUGGUGCCCUGCACACCACCUCCUCCACACCGUCGUCCCCUCACCGUGCCUGGGAGUCUCACCCCACGACUGCCACCCCGCCGAUCCUCUGCCCCUUUCACCACCCUGACCGGCCCCCUCACCGUACGAGACGAGAAUGAGAAUGAUGACUCGAGGAAGGAGAAUCGGAGGACGUCGGAGGAUGUGGAAGCACGGAACAGGAGUAACGCUAACAAGGUGACCCCACCCAGCCCCAGGACCCCACCCUCCGUACUCCUGGUAGCCCCUCACAGUGCCCCCAUCCUGAGGAGGAGCACCGGUAAGCGCAUGCUGCGGCCUGACUCCCUGGUCAUCUACCGGCAGAAGAAAGAGUGCAAAAGCCUGGCUAGUGGUGGCGUCGUAUUGGGGAACUCCAACAUGGAAAUAAAGGGUUACAACUUUGUCCGCCGCCUCUUCCAGGGCUCCAUGCGGGAGAAGAGUGGCGGGGGUGAAGGGGGCACCCAGAAGAUGGUGAUCAGCGAGGAGAAAGCUCCGUCGCGGGAUGGUGACUCACGCAUGUCCUGGACCAAUGACAAGGACACCGUGGACGGGAGACAGGGAGGGCCGGGUAGCCGGAGAUCCAGUAAGACGGACCAUGAGCGCUCACCGCUGCCAAGCCCUGGCCUCAGCCCUGGCUUCAGCUGUACACUGGAGCGGACUAAGAAUGGUGUUAGCUGUGUUAGCAAUGGCACCACCAAUGGUACCAGAAACAGCAAUGGCAUCACCAAGGGCAACGACAUGAGUGACCACACUGACAACGAGGCAGACAUCUGGAAGCGGGUGCCGCCACCACCACCACCGCGGCGCCGUUCAGGACUACAACGCUCCAAGUCAGACCUGCUUCUGCGAUGCUCGGUGGCGUUGUCUGACCAGGAGCAUUUCUUUGACUACUGUGGGCUGGACCUGGACAUGGUGGACCGGCUGGGGCCCGAGAACUUCCUGGGUGGGGCCAGUGACGUAGACACGCUCUCAUUGGUACUGAGGAGCAUAGAGGGAGGGGGCGGUGGCUCGGAGCCCAGCGAGUUCUCCCGCCACUCGGGAGAGGCGGGUCUUUUCCAGGAGGAGGUGGCCGAGAAGCUGACCACGGGGGUGUCAAUCAUCGAGAGGAACGCCCGUGUCAUCAAGUGGCUCUACAGCUGCAAGAACGCAGCGCAGGAGGGGCCCAAAGAGUCCACUGUUUAG